CAGGAGGGCCGCAGGGGCACCUCAGGUUGGGGUCUGGUGGGAAGGAGCCACGGCAGGAGCGAGACCAUGCUCAUGGCGCGGGACGGCGCGCGAGACGAGGCCCAGAAGCUGCACCGCAAGUGGAUGAAGCACCAGGCCUUCAUGGCCGAGCUGGCGCGCAACAAAGAGUGGCUGGCCAAGAUCGAGCAGGAGGGCAAGGAGCUGAUCCAGGAGCAGCCAGAGCUGCAGUCGGUGGUGCAGCAGAAGCUGGAGGAGAUGCGCGAGUGCUGGACCCACCUGGAGAGCACCACCAAGGCCAAGGCCCGGCAGCUCUUUGAGACGCAGAACCACCGGACCCUCAGCAACGACCCGCCCACCAAGACCCUGACGGACCUGGACCAGCAGCUGUCCCUGUUGCAGGAGCAGCCCCCGGCGGUGGCCUCUGCCGCUGGCGCCGUCGUCACCGCCGCCUCCUCCACCACCACCCAGCCCACCCUGCUGCAGCCCAGGCCCACCUUCAGCCAGCAGCUCCAGAGGAUACAGACCAUGGAGUCGCAGUUGUACCGCGGAGUGGGCAUGUCUCAGCUGGGGGGCAGCAUGUCGGACGUGGGCGUGGGCGUAGGCGCUGGCGAGCUGCAGGCGGGCCUGCUGAGGAUGGUGGAAGGAGAGGAGCGGCCAGCCGAGACACGCAUCUGCCGCCUCAUCGAGCCGCUCAAGGAGAGGCGCCGCAUCCUGCUGGCCUCCAAGGAGAUGCACCAAGUCAGCCAGGACCUGGAGGACGAGAUUGUGUGGAUCCAGGAGAGACUCCCUCUGGCAUCCUCCAAGGAAUACGGAAACAACCUGCAGAGUGUGCAACAGCUGAUGAAGACAAAUGAGGUGCUGCAGAUGGAUCUGCAGAGCCGGAGAGACCGAUUGGAGGAGGUUCUGGAGAGGGCGGGAGCAGUGGCGGCACUACGCACCCCGGAGGCAGAACUGGUGCGAGAAGGGGCGGAGCAUGCACGGCAGCUGUGGGAGGUGCUUCUGGUGGAGGCGGAGCGUCGUACGGUGAUGCUGGAUGCUGUGUUCCAUGCCCAGCAGUACUACACGCAGGCAGCCAAGGCAGAUUCCUGGCUCAGUGGUCAGAAGCUCCAGGUCAUCAACGAGGAGAGAGGAACGGAUGAGCCAAGCACCCUGAGGCUCCUGAAGGAGCAGCUCGCUCUGGAGCAGACGGUGGAGAACUACGCCGAGACCGUCAGCUUCCUGUCUCAGCAGUGCCGCAGGAUGCUGGAGCUCGGACACCCGGACAGUGAGCAUAUCACCAAGCAGCAGUCCCACAUAGACCGCCUGUACGUGUCGCUGAAGGACCUGGUGGAGCAGCGCAAGACCAAGCUGGAGCAGCAGUACUGGCUGUACCAGCUGAAGCGUGAGGUGGAGGGCCUGGAGAAGUGGAUAGCCGAGCGCGAGGCGGUGGCUAGCUCCACAGAGAUGGGACAGGACCUGGAGCAUGUCACGGUUCUGCAGGAGAACUUCACCAAGUUCACAACGGAGACGCGCGCGGCCGGCCAGAGGCAGAUGGAGUCCGUCAACAAGAUGGUGAAUGAGAUGAUCGACUGCGGCCACGUGGACGCCGCCACCAUCGCCGAGUGGAAGGAUGGUCUGAACGAGUCGUGGGCUGACCUGCAGGAGCUUAUGGAGACGAGGAGCCAGAUGCUGGCUGCCUCACACCAGCUGCACAAGUUCUUCACCGACGGCCAGGAGGUGUUGGUUCAGAUCGAGGGCAAGAUGCGUCAGCUCCCUGAGGUGCGUUCAUGUCAGGUGAGCACAGCCAACCCCGGUACGCUGCAGAGGCUCCUGCACUCGUUUGAGCAUGCGCUCCAGCUCCUCGUCACCCAGGUGCGGCAGCUACAGGAGAAUGCUGCCCAGUUGAGGGCCAUUUACGCUGGGGAGAAGGCAGACGCAAUCCUGGCCCGUGAGCAGGAAGUGAUGCAAGCCUGGAGGGAGCUGCUGGUUUCCUGCGAGGGCAGCCGUGUGCAGGUCACCACGGUAACGGACAAGGUGCAGUUCUUUGCCCUGGUGCGAGAGCUGAGCAUGUGGACAGAUGGCAUUAUGGGCCAGAUUGGACCCCAUCCGGACAGUGCUAGGGACGUGUCAGGUGUAGAGACGAUGAUGUCCCAGCAUCAGAAUCUGAAGGCUAAGAUGGAGGCCAAGAGCAAAGUCUUCACCCAGUGUGUGGAAAUGGGAAGGAUGCUCCUAGCAGCCCGUAACCCUGCAUCUGAAGAGGUAAAGGAGAAGCUGGACCAUGUGAUGGCCAAGCAGAAAGACCUGAAUGAUCGAUGGGACCAGCACUGGGAAAAACUGCAGCACACGCAACAGAGACUCCAAGAAGCCCAGAGGAUUCAGGCCGAGAAGGCGUGGCUAACCUCCAAAGAGCCAAUGAUCAGCCCUGCCAGCCCACGUGAAAUGAUGGGCGGGACAGGAGGGGCCGAUGAGGUGGAGCAGCUGAUUCGUCGGCAUGAGGCAUUCCGGAAAGCUGCGGCCACAUGGAAGGAACAUUUCAGCUCUUUGCGACAGGUGGAGAAGCUAAAGGAGGAGAAGAGCAGGCAGUCUUCUUCUUCAUCGCUGCUCAACAGGCAGAUGUUUCCUCUCUCCUGCCUGGUCGGGAGCUCGUCCUCCUCAUCGUCCUCCUCCACGCCCUUCAGGCAGAGUCUCCAGGACCAGCUGGACAUCAAGUCUGGCCCAGACGUGCCACAACUGGCUGCCCACUCCCUCGCCCAGAGACUGGGAACUCUGGCAUCCUACAGCCCUGUCAUGAACGGCUCGUCUUACCACGGCCUCAACCCACAAGCUGGGGUCGGCAUGUCGGACAAUCCGGGCUAUCACGUGCUGGUCCAACAGGCCGGGCAGCUUGGAGUGGACAGCUCCAGUUACCAUGGGCUAAACCAACAGGGUAUGAUGGGGGUGGACAGCUCCAGCUACCAGGGGCUGAACAAUCCUGGCAUGGGGGGUGCCGCCGCUGGCAUGAUGCCCGAGCCGAAGAUGGCGUACGCGUGGCAGCACCUGAAGACCGACUGCAUGCAGCCCAAGCUAAACCACAUCCACAAGGCCGUCCCAGCACUACUAGAGGCUCACCACGCCCAGCAGCAGCAGCAGCAGCAGCAGGGCCACCCGGUGGGCGAGAUCCACCCAGGCAUCGGCAUCGACAGCUUGGAGCUGCUGCACGGCCGGCUCCAGAGGGACCCCCGCGGCAGCCGCUCCGACCCCCAGAUGGACCACCUGCGACGGGAGCGUGAGUACAGGCUGGGCCGGCAGACCUCCAGCGAGCAGGAGAUCCAGGCGCGCCUCAACGAGCUGCCCAUGAUCGUCAGGCAGGAGCGCUACCGCCGGCGGCUCGAGCGGCAGUCGUCCAGCGAGCAGGAGCAGGCCAGCGGCCAGGCCAGUGGUCAGGCCAGCGGCAAGCCCAGCGACCAGGAAUCUGCCACAUCGGACAAGAGGCCUGGGGAUAAACGCUCCACAAUGGCUGAGAUUGUUGAGCAGGUUCAAGAAAGAGAGGCAGCACAAGCCCGAGGGGAAGUGUACCGGCCCCCCAGUGUUCUCUCAGCACCAUGUGGCCGCCUAGACCGCCCGCGGGCGAGGGACCGGCCCAAACCUCGGAGGAGGCCGAGGCCCAAAGAGCCAGAGGAGACGACCCGCCGCUCUCGAUCGGCGCCCGCCCAGAGUGCGCUUGCUGUGCCAGCUAUCCCCAGCCACACCGUCCAUGUGGAGGGCUUUCUCUACCGCAAGCACGAGCCUGAGGGCAAGGAGAAGAGUCCCAACAGCAAGUCCUGGGUGAACCUCUACUGUGUGCUCACCAAGGGAGAGAUUGGUUUCUACAAGGAUGCCCGACACACCACCACGCCAUACAAUGACGAGCCACUACUCAACCUCAACACCUGUACCUGUGACAGUACGAAUGGAUACAAGAAGAAGAAAAACGCCUUCAUCCUGAAAGUCCCAAAUUCAGAUGACUAUAUUUUCCUGGCCAAGGAUGAGGAGGAGUUCAAGAAGUGGGUGUCCAGCAUCAACGCCUCCCUGAAGGAGCACGAAGACAUCAUCAAGUGGGAGAAGCCUACCACCUCGUCCACAGACCCAGACAAGUCGGAGCUGAAUGUGCGCUCGGAAGGAGCUGACCGGUCCGAGGGAGCCGACCGCUCGGAGAGAGGCGACGGCUCGGAAAAGGCUGACGGCUCGGAAAAAGUCGACACGUCGGAGAGGGUGGAGGGCCGGGACCCAGGGUCGAGCACUUCUGGCAGGAGCAAAUGAUACAUAGUCACUCGUGUGAGAGGUUAUCCAUCUACCAGUCAGUCAAUCUAUCUAUCAAUCAAUCUAUCUAGCUAUCUUAUCUGUCUAUCUAUCUAUCUAUUUAUUUAUUUAUCUAUCCAUCUGUUCACCUACCCAGCCAUUUAUCUGAGCAGAGGUGAAAGAGGAAGGUUUAUUUUUCAAAGUUUAUCCCUCUUUCAGUCUCUCUUGCUUUCUCUUUCACACAACUCUUCUCCCUCUGUCUGCCCACAUUACUUUGCUCUCUCUGUUUGAAUUUCUGCCCGGGUGUGGCUGAGUAAUGUGCGUGUGUCCACAUCAUAAUAAGCUAACUAUGGGUAUACAUCACUCUAUAUUACCACACAGUAUUUCUAGGUAUGCUCUUCUGAGGACUAUUCAAGCCUUUGGAGAUGGUGAAGUACCCCAAAAUGCAGGAAAAAAAUAAUCUUUUUUGUUGUUUUCUGGAGCAGUGUAUACACAUUUGUUGCUUUAAAUAGUUAUUAUUUAUGUGAUGUGGUGUGUAAAAGUUCUACAGUUCUUCCAAGUUUUUUUUUAUUCUGUCAGUGUACUUUGAUUUAGCAGAUUUGCAUCUUCCAGUGAUACUGAAGCCACUAACAAAAGCGCACACCCACAGACACAUAGAAACAGACACACACACACACACACACACACACACCUUGUGAUAAUAUAACCCAUACGUAGCAUGUGUCUACCCACUUCACAAGAAAAAUAGAAUGCUAUUACAUCAUGGGAACCAAAUGAUCAGCUUCACUCCAUUUCUUUGCAGAUCAUCUAGAUUCCAGAGGUUUCAGUGGGGUACACACAUUGUAAACUUGUAGCAGUGUGUAUUUAUUCUUAACUACAACUUAACACCUUAAAGGGCAGCACUGCAGUGAUAUAACUUAAAGGGGUGGGGGAAGGUUGGCGGACCACAUACCUUUAUGUUUCCUCUGUAGUGUAUUUGUACUGGGCGUGUCUAUUCUUCUAUUCUAGGGGCGUGUUUCCCUUCAAAAAAAAUGUCGGGUAGUCUUUUGUCUUAAAAAUUGUCGUGUUUUAGGAUACCAUGCUGCCAGACUUGUACUAACCUUGAGCAUUAUGCUUUUCCAAUGAAAUAUGUGGGGAGGAACCUGCAAGAAAAUGUGAACAUCCUGUAUGUAGGGAAACCUGGAAAUCAUAAUAUUGUCAUUACAGUAAUUAGGUAACAUAAUCAAAUCAACAUUCAAGAUGGACAACAAGUCUUCCCAUUAUAAGUAGAUAGCUUGCCUACUAAGGACAUCUUUGGCUUCUCCAAGCUGUCCCUGGAUUGUACCUUUGAGACAGUUUACUAGUUAAUAAUGAAAUCAGAGGUGGGUUGUCUGAGCAUCCAAUGCUUUACACAACAAUUCACAAAUGCACAUGCUUGUGUUCAUCUGUGUGUACAUGUGUACAUCUGUGUUGACACUAAUGUAUGUGUGAAUGUGUGUGUGCCUGUGUGUGUACACUAGUAAAUCCAAUCCAACAAGCUGUAAUCAGUUGAAAACCAACCUCUUUUUCCAUUUGUAAAAAAUAUACAACACAGCAAGCUAAAUGUGUAUUCAUGGCUGGCUAUAUUCAGUAAAAUGUAAAAACGAGAGUCAGUCACUUCAAUUAGAUAUUGUUAAAAAUGCAUUUACCACGUUGUAUGCAGGGAAAAGCUCUUUCUUCACUUAACACUGCUUAUCAGGUUUUUGUCAUACUUUUUUUACAUAUCUUGUAGCUAAACCACUGGUCAGUAACAGUGAAUGCUAUGACCAGGGUGUGUCUGAUUCUCCUUCACUGUAGGUCAGUGGGGUGUUUUGUUACUGUUGCUAUUGUCUUUUGUUUGUUUUUUAGCUGUGUGAUGGAGUUUAAUUCAUUUUCAGAUGAAGUUGCUGCUUGCAUUGUGUGUGGCAUCUCUGAUGCUCUCUCACUCGCGCUGUCAGGGAAUGAAUGUUUGCUUACUCUUUUUACAGCCACAUUUGUGGUGGUUUUCCUGCCUGCCAGAACUAUUCAUAUGCAUUCAAUUAGUUAUUUUAAUUAUAGUUUAUUUAUUUAUUUCAUUGGGGCAAGGUGAAUGCCUCAUGGAGAAUCACUUGCAUUGGUCUAGGCUAUACAAAAAACUCCCAGUUUGAUCCCUAACCUUGAACACGAAGACCAAACUGAGAGAAGAGGCAAACAAUUUCACUCAUACUAUUGCAUGAUAGUUGUUUCCAUCAUGCCACAAGAUCAACAUUCUAGGUGUUUUCUCUUGCAAAAUUGUUCAGAGUUCCAGAACACUUGCUUCACUAAAAAGGUGGAGUGGUGUGUUUGUAAGGGGGCAAAACUAUUUUCACAAGACACCAUUGCUAUUUACCUCAGUGUUACAUGGUCAGCAUAAUGGAAAGUAAAUUCAUAUCUCACACAUCUCCGCAUGCAUAAAACACAGUGAACAUGUCCUGUUCCUUUAUUGGGUAUUAGAGAGCAGCCACUUCACUAGAAAAUUAUGAAUGGUGCUGGAAUAUGUGAAAAUACUGAUUAUUAUUGCCAACUACAGGAUUGCAGCCUUAAAAAGUCUCUGUCAAAUGUUUAUCUACUUUAUAGCUUUGUGUGUCAGACAAUUUAGUAGACCAGUUAUUCACCAACCCUUCUGAAUCACAAACCCCUUGCAAACACUGCAGUCACAACAAUAUACUGCUUUUUUCAAAAGAAAAUAAAUUGAACAUAGCGCUUUGUAAAUUACAUUUUAAUGAUGUCUUUUGGCUACCGAUACAGCCAUUUCUGCUGCUAUGGGCUUCACAUGUAUGUUCACUCCAAAAAGACGCAAAACCAAACACUACCAUCAAACAGGAAAGGGGACUGAUGUUACAAGUGUUGUUUGCCAAUACACUUCACCCUAGGUUGUACUUAAAGAGACACGCCACUGUACCACACAGACAAGCAUUAGUGAUAGAGGAGCUAUGGGAAUUCCCAGUGAAACCCUUUAACAGUGAUCACACAUACAGCAAACUGUCAGUAUAUCAUGUAGAGUUGUGUAAACAGACAUACUGUGUAGUUGAGGAAUGUACAGUGUACAAGUAAGCUAUGUCAGCUGAAACUCAUUGCCCUCUGUGCUUUUGGCUUACUGUGGUAGUAGCUUUGGACCCCUCACCGUUUUAUUAUAUUUAGAAAAAUCGGAAUCAUUCCAAGUUGGCAUUUCCCAUUGAACAAAAGCAGGUACUCUUAAUGUAGUCUAAACUGUGUUACUUAAAUGAGUGGGGAUGCCAGGUUAUUCUCCAUGGCUCUCUCCGUACAACAGCUUUCCAGGCAAAGUGGGGGAAGGACUUGCAGUCCUUCACCAGUAGACUCCCCUGGUGUCUCCCAGGACAACGGCUGUGAUUGGCAUUGGAGAAUCUCAUUAUAGAUUGAGGCCACUAGCAUUACCUUAGGGACGUCCGCCCCUUGUUUUCCUAACACAUGGCAGAGUUUCUGCAAGCACCUCCCUAUUCCUACUCAUUGUGAGACCCCUGCUGUUAUGGCUUGGAGACGCGAAUCAAUCACUAGUCGAUUAACUGAAGGGCUGGUCUUUAAAAAAAUGUAUUGAAACAAAAGUAAUUGUUGUUGUUUUCUGUUGGGGAGGGGGGAUGGAAUUUAAGACAUUUUCAUUCCGUGACAUCUGGAUCUCACCAGUGUACAGUGUGUAUAUUGGUAUAAAAUGAAUUAUUUUUAUGCAGUAUUGUGUAGCUCUAACUCUGCUGAUGAAGUAUUGAUCUAAAGUGAAUAUAAAAAAAAUGCUAUGUCCACCCAGACAACUGCGCAGGGCAGAAUAGAAUUGUACUCUAUGGAAUUUAAUGUGGAAAAUAUCCAACAGAAGAUAAGAGACACUCAUGCAAGCUUUUGAUUUUUGCACCUCCACACUGCCCUCUCCAUUGCGCUGUGGCGAAGCAGGGUUUAUGAGAACACCUGACAUAUGUAUCUAGUAUUGCACAACUUUUGCACAGCUCCUUGUAUGUCUUUUCCUCCCCAAAUUUGUCAUUCAAAGAAAAACUCCCUGACUUUACUGUGACGACAGGUCCGAUUAUAAUAGAAUGUGGCUGCCAUGUGAUUGAUUGAUGCUGUUCCCCUUUUCCCCUGUCUCUACCAUCCAUGUCUGUCUCCUCUGCACCCACUGAUGUUGAUCAUUUGGAGGGGUAGGGGGAGGGGUGUGUGAGCUUGACUCGACAAAAGGGACUUCCUGGAGCCAGGCUCAAUGUGAAUAAAAAACAAAUGGAACAACCUUACGAAUUCAGUCAAGGCUACAGAUUCUCCCCAGAAUGUCUUUGACACAAAAAAAGCACAAUGUUCUCCCCUACAAAAAGAAAAAAGAAUAAACAAAAACAAGAAAUCAACAUCCCAUUGGAAGUGAGGGAAAAAGGAUGAAGACUAUCAUCCUAACACAGACUCUGAGCCCCUUGUUUUUAUGUUCGCUCCAAACCCCCUAAAACCCCCUCCACUGAGACAGGUGGCAUCAUAGCGGGUACGGACAGCACUGUCCGACACACACUUACGGCCACCAACACACCCUUUCAGUGUACUCACAAGGAACUAUGGGAAUCAGAAUCCUGCUUGGACCACAACCUUUUGCUCUCACAGAUGUGGACACCAACCUGCUCUAUGUUUGUUGUUUGUGAAAUUCAGUUUCUGUUUGUUUGCCAUACACCCUGCAGCACCACCACCAAGCUUGCCCUGAUAAGAUUUUAUAUUAUUAUUCAAAGCUUAGUUGCUAAAAAGUCAAAGACUACUGUCAAUUUUACUCCACAAGAUAUAUCCCCCAGUAAAGAUAUAUGGACUCUAAGUGGACUCUUCAGCUUGAAACAAAUCAAGUAAGCCAUUUCAUAUGAGGAACAUAGAAGAAAAACACUACUAAGUUGCAUGAACGAGAAUAUAGAGGCGAUUUCUAUGCAACAGCUGUGCAUGUUUAUAAAGGGUUCUACUCCUUCAGUACCCCCAGAGCAGGGCCAGAUCGGUCCCAGUGCUGGCUACUAGCUGGGCCCCUCCUGGACAGGGCUGAUGAUGACUGUGUACAGAAGGACUGUGAAAGAAACAGAUGACAUGUGUAACUGAGAUUUGUCAUUUAAAAUGAGAAAAAAAGAACAAAAACAUCUCUGUGCUGAUACCUUCACAGAUUCAUAAAUACAGGUUGUAUAUAUCAAA